AUGCUUCACGCGCAGUGGCGAGUGUCAUACGACGAAAGACUACUGCUCUGUCCUAAAGAGAGGUUUCGAGGUGUCCUUGACAUCGGCACCGGUACUGGCAUAUGGGCCAUAGAGUUUGCUGAUGAGGAUCCACAUCUGGAACCCGGCGGGUAUUUCGAGGUCAAGGACAUCCUCCUUACGCCCAAGUGCGAUGACGGCACUCUCGAGGAGAUGCUUGUUGAAGCGGGCUUUACGCGUGUCGAUGAUGUUGAACAGAAGUGGCCUACGAAGGGCUGGGCAGAAGGCCCCCAAUUGAGGGAGCUCGGGCUCUGGUCUCAAUUCACCUUUGGGAGAGAGCUUGAAACUAUUUCUAAGGCUUUGCUUAUACACGGCCUGGGUUGGCACCCUGAAAAAGUAUCUGUCCUAUGUGCUUUGGUCCGCAAAGAAUUCAAGAACCUCUAG